AUGUGGGAACCAAAUUCGGACAAUUUCACAUACCACACUCAUCAAUUUCACGGUCCUUCCACGAAAAGAACUAUUCUCUCUUACAUCUCUCAGAUUUUUGAUCCUCUCGGCUGGUUGACGCCCGUGGUUUUUUGGGCUAAACAUUUCUUACAACAAUUAUGGCUCUUUCAGUGUGAUUGGGACGAACCGCUGAAUCCAAUUCUCCGACAUCAAUGGGAGACAUUUGUUGCAGAAAUCCACCUUCUCCAACAAAUCAAGAUUCCAAGAAAAUUCCCAAAUGAUUAUCAGCAACUCCGAUUAAUAGGCUUCUGCGAUGCUUCCCAAAAGGGGUUCGCCGCGUGUAUUUACCUCUGUUUCUUACGUGACAGCUCUAAUUACACCAUACUUCUCAAAGCAAAGAGCAAAGUUGCACCCCUCACACCGCUAAGCAUUCCUCGCCUUGAACUCUCAGGAGCACUGCUGUUAGCGAAGUUAUUUGUCUCCGUUCGAAAAUCUCUUUCUACUUUCAAGAUAGAAGAAACUCUACUAUACACUGAUGCUCAAAUCGUCUUAGCCUGGCUACAAACUAUGCCUCAUAUUUUAAAACCCUUUGUAGCUAAUCGAGUAGUUAAAAUAAUUGAGCUCACCAAUCCUGAAAGCUGGUAUUACAUAAGCUCUAAAGAGAACUGCGCAGACGCCGCUUCCCGGGGAAUGACUCCUCAACAAUUAUCUACUUUUCCUUCUUGGAUUUAUGGACCAGAAUUCUUAUCACAACCGCCUAACAAGUGGCCCCGUCAAAGAACAUCUAUCCCUGAUAGCGAUAUUCCCGAGAAGCGCAAGGGCAAGAUUGUUCUUAAUGUGCGCACCACUGAAGACGUUCUUUGUAAAUUCUCCUCACUUGUUCGACUUCAAAGAGUUUUUGCGUAUGUACGACGAUUUAUCAAUAAUGCUCGAUACCAUAAUCAACGCAAAACUGGAGCCCUUUCUUUGAAUGAACUGCGAGAAGCAUUAAUAUCCUGCGUUUUCAUCGUUCAGCGACAUUACUAUGUUGACAUCAUUGAGAAACUCAAGAAUAACAUAUCUAUACCCACAGCUUUAUCAAAAUUGUCACCAUUCUUGGAUACAGCUGGGCUCCUCAGGGUGGGCGGACGUCUACGUCAUUCUUAUCUUCCAUUUGAACAAAAACAUCCACUUCUACUUCCCAAACACUCACAUUUGUCUGCUCUUAUUUGCGAUUUCUAUCACCUGUACUCUUUACAUUCUGGGCCUUUAACCGUACAAGCUCUUAUCUCCCAAAAAUUUUGGAUAGUUUCCCUGCGUUCUUUAUUACGUCAGCGAAUACACAGAUGUUUAACUUGCCAUAGAUUCAAGGCAACUCCGGCUCAGCCUAUCAUGGCAGAUCUUCCUGCAUAUAGAACUCAACUGGUGCGAGCAUUUUUACAAGUUGGCACCGAUUUCGGCGGACCUUUUCUUGUGAAAGAAAGUAAACGCCGUAGCGCCCGAAUCUAUAAAGGGUAUUUAUGCUUAUUUGUUUGCAUGAGCACCAAAGCCACUCAUCUCGAAUUUGUCACUGAGCUUUCUACUUCUGCCUUUUUAGCUGUCUUUGAUCGAUUUGUAUCACGACGUGGCCUUCCUCAAACCAUUUAUUCCGAUUGUGGACGAAACUAUAUUGGAGCAGCAAACCAUUUAAAGGAAAUAACCAGAUUUUUACAUGAACAUAAGGAUCAAAUUUUCUCCUCCUUGUCGGCCAAACAAAUAAACUGGAAUUUCGACCCUCCCACUGCAUCCAACUUCGGCGGAAUUUGGGAGGCUGGAAUAAAAUCCGCUAAAAACCUCCUGAAGCGACUUAUCAAAGAUACAGCACACACCUUCGAGGAAUAUACAACUUUAUUCGCUCGUAUAGAAGCCACAUUGAACAGCCGACCAUUAUGUUCAGUUUCUUUCGACCCCAUGGAAAACACUGAUUAUUUGAGUCCUGGACAUUUCCUUAUAGGAUCACCGCUACUUUCUCCUCCCGAACCCGAUAUACCAGGAAACAUAACUUUUAAAUGCCGUUGGCAGCGCCUUCGUCAACUUUUCCAACAGUUUUGUGCACCUAACAAUCAAGAAGGUGACGUCGUCUUCAUGUGUGGAAUCAAUACUCAUCCAUUAUCAUGGCCUAUUGGUCGUGUUGAAACAGUCCUGCCUGGACCCGACGGAGUUGUCCGGGUCGUGAGAGUUAGGACUGCUUCAGGACAAUAUAUUCGUCCCGUUAACAAACUCGUGACUUUACCCCCUCAAAUUUAUUCUCAUUUUCCUAAAAUUUUCCCCGAAAAUUUGGUGGGCGGUUAUGUUAGCGCCAUCUAUCGGCGGCAUAACAGAGAGAGAGAGCGGUGCGCGGUUUUAAGAGUACGAAAAAAGACACGAGGUGAAACCCGCUGGCGCCAGCAGAAGACGCAAGACAACCAACCCGAGUCUCAUCCUCUUCUCCAAGAAAAACUCAUCCACCAGGUAGGAUUUUCAUCCCUCUUAUAUUUCUUCAUCUCAACUCAAAUAAAUUGGCUAGUUGCCUCGCUCGCAACAACCACCUUUACGCAAACGAUUAGCAUGUACAGACCUGAUGAAUUUCAUUCUCAUUUUCGCAUGUACCGUGAAACGUUUCAUGGGAUAGUGGAACUGCUUGCCCCGAAAAUAGUGAACGUUGAACAGCUUGGCCCUGGCCGCCCUCAUAUAAAUGUUGAAAAGCAAGUACUCGUGUUUUUAUGGUUCAUGGCGAACCAAGAAGUUUUUAGAAUUUUGCGUUCCAUAAAUAAGGUGAGAACUGACUUGGUUCCGACUAUCAUAUUAGCUGAUUGUGUUUUACACAACAUUGGUAUGCGGAUGGGGGAUGAUGACAUAGAGGUGUUCGAGGAGGAUGAGAAUAUUGCAGAAGAAGUGGAAGGUGUUCCUGAACAGCAAGGGAACCAGAAGCGUGAACACAUUGUAAAUUUAUUAUAUUAUGAUAAUUUUAACUAA